AUGUCGCAGUAUGAACCGUGGUAUUUACGUCGAAAAUGUCCAAUAUUUUUCUACCCAUGCAUACCUGUUUAUGUUGGCGUGUGGCCAGCAAGGAGAUGUGUGGUUAUAUUAGGUGCUAUACUGUUUGCGAUUGGUGUGAUGAUUUUACUUGGCUUAUUACUUACCUGUAUUGCUGUUGAAUGCUCUGCGAUCGUUAGUGCUUUAUUACCGCUUGCAUUAUUAUUAAUUAUUGUUGGUAUACUAAUGCUUCAUUGUGGUUGGGCAGCCCAUCUGCUCGAGGAAGGAGGCGCUGACGGAACACCUGUGAAAGUGAUAACAAGCGAGGAAAAAAUUCCAAAUCCCGAUGAAAUAGCAUUGUUUGAAAGCACCUAUAAAGAGCCAAUACCGGAAAUUAGGCAAGGUUAUUGGCAAUUUGAAGAUAAAUUGGCAUGGCAAACUGUCGCUAAUCCAUAUCCAAUACAGUAA